ACACCACUUGACAUGUUGCACACUACUCUGUGACCAGCUGUGACACCACCACCCACCACCACCAUCACCACACACAUUGCAGUCAUUGCACUUAUAUGGGUAUAGUGGUAGUUCGAGGUUAGUUUUGUGUCUUUCUCUACAAAUUUUGUUAAAAUAUUAGUAGUUGGAAAACGUAAGAGUCAGUUUUAUUAUUACUUGAUGAUUGUACUCUCUUGAUUUGCAUUGUUUCAAAACUUCCUGCUUCCUGAUUUGUGUAAACUCUGAUAUCAAUAUAUUACCGACUGCACAACUUGUGUUUUCUCCGUUAAAUUAGAAAUGGCAGGAAGCAAAGGCACCUUUCAACCUGAUUCUGAUGUUCAUAUUUCUUAUGAAGAUCAACAAAAAAUCAACAAAUUUGCGCGAUUAAAUGCAAAACUAGAAGAUUUAAAAGAAGAAGUUAAAGUAAAAGAGAAUGAUUUAAAAAGUAUUGAAGAGGCCUGUGAAGAAGUAGUUCUGUUUGAUGAUGAAGAAAAGAUACCCUAUUUAGUUGGUGAAGUGUUCAUACAUCAGGAUGUAGAAACCACACAGCAAUGUUUGGAAGAGGCCAAAAAAAGAAUCGAACAAAACAUGACAGACCUGAAAAAUCAGUGUGAUGAAGUAAAGAACCAAAUGGGAGAUCUAAAAUCGUACCUUUAUGGAAAAUUUGGAAGUCACAUAAAUCUCGAAGCUGAUGAUGAAUAACGUGAAGUUUUUUUUCAUUACUGUAACUUUGUUUUAGUUAAUCUCAUGAUUAAAAAGUCACCAAUAUAA